CACCGACUCCGAACCGAAUACCCUCGAAAUGGUGCCCAAACCGCAGGGCCAGGCCGUCACGUCCGUCACCCAUCGCCCACUACCGCCGCUUCCCAAGCUCCGCGUGCGCCGACCGAACAAGCCAGAAGCGAACCCAUGUCUGGGCGCCAUGUCGUCAGUUCUGGGUUGCUGGGCAUCUUCGGGAUACAGCGUUCAAGGGUGUGCACAGCUUGAGCAAAAGUUACGGCUGUGCAUGGAUGCGCCACGCAAUCCAAACCAGAAGAAAAACAACAUCAACUACCACCUCUCGAGAAUGUAUCCGAAGAUUGUUGGACCCCACAAGCGAAAUUAGACUCGUCCAUCAUUGUACAAUAUGUAUAUCCUACAACACAGCCAAGUGUAUGAGUCGACGCUAUGCACGCAUAGAGGGAGUUGGGAUGGUCUUUGCAAUAUUGGGCAGGCGUUCAGGUGACGCGAGAUACAAUUGUAUAUACGCAGGCUCAACAAGAGUUGGUCAUUCACACAUCCGCACCAUCUUUUCGAUGAUUGAGGCAACUCUCAUCGGCGCCUCGGGUUGACUUGAAUUUGUCCUUUAGAAGAGAAGGAAGUGAAGCGAGCAAUCAUGAGAGACGGUAGCAAAAUUUCUAGAGGGCUCACUGUGAGCACGCAAGAAUAUGCAACUCCUGGGAACGCCACGAACUCAGAGGACAUAACACUGCAAGGUUUACACGUUCAUGAACAUUGUCUUUGAAGUUGCGCCGCUUGAAUUUCCG